UCACUGUACGUAAUAAGGAAAAACAUUUUAUUUGAAUGAAUAUUUGUACAGAUUGGAGAACCACGUAAGCCCAUCUCUUUUAUUUCCAAAAAUAACGAAAAAUUCUCAAAGGGAAUAGUUUAUAAUGUAAAUAAAAUUCCAAAAAUAAAACACAAAAGAUAUAAAGCAGCAAGAGAAAAAAAAAGUCCAUGCUUUCAUAUUCAUUGCUUUAAUCUCUCUCUCUCUCUCAGACAUAGACACAGCUAAGCUUCCCAUCUGAAAGGAGUUUCAUGUCCUAAGGACCAUAUUAUAACCUCUCUAUCUCUCUCUAAGUAUCAGCAAAAAAACAGAGAUUUAUAGAGAGAGAAAAAAACUAUGGCUCACAUAAAGAUCUAACAGAGACAGUAGUAUAGUCCCACUUCCCCACCACCAAAGCUUCGAUCAUCAUCAUCAUCAUCAUCAUGGAUCCGGAUCCGGAUCAUAACCAUCGACCCAACUUCCCUCUCCAGCUUCUUGAUUCUUCUACCUCCUCCUCUUCCACUUCCUUAGCCAUCAUCUCUACUACUUCCGAACCUAACUCCGAACCUAAGAAGCCUCCUCCUAAACGAACCUCUACUAAAGACCGACACACCAAAGUCGAAGGCCGAGGCCGUCGGAUCCGUAUGCCUGCCAUGUGUGCUGCACGUGUCUUUCAGCUCACACGUGAGCUUGGUCACAAAUCCGACGGUGAAACUAUUGAGUGGCUACUCCAACAAGCAGAACCAGCGGUUAUAGCCGCUACAGGGACUGGAACCAUUCCGGCUAACUUCACUUCUUUAAACAUCUCACUUCGUAGCUCAAGAUCUUCUCUCUCUGCUGCUCAUCUUCGUACAACUCCUAGUAGCUAUUACUUUCAUUCACCACAUCAGUCCAUGACUCAUCAUCUUCAACAUCAGCAUCAGGUUCGUCCCAAGAACGAGUCACAUUCUUCGUCUUCUUCUUCUUCACAGCUUUUAGAUCACAACCAAAUGGGUAACUAUCUAGUACAAUCAACUGCUGGAUCUUUACCUACGAGUCAGAGUCCUGCAACGGCACCGUUUUGGAGUAGUGGUGACAACACACAGAAUCUUUGGGCUUUUAAUAUUAAUCCUCAUCAUUCCGGUGUUGUCGCCGGAGAUGUUUACAACCCCAACAGUGGUGGUAGUGGCGGCGGUAGUGGAGUUCAUUUGAUGAAUUUUGCAGCUCCUAUUGCUUUGUUUUCUGGACAGCCUUUGGCUUCUGGUUAUGGAGGAGGAGGAGGUGGCGGUGGAGAACAUAGCCAUUAUGGAGUUUUAGCGGCGUUGAAUGCUGCUUACCGACCGGUGGCGGAGACGGGGAACCAUAACAACAACCAGCAAAACCGUGACGGAGAUCAUCAUCACAACCAUCAAGAAGAUGGAAGCACCAGUCAUCAUUCCUAGGCAAACAUACACAAACAAAUAUAUUCUGUGAGAUUUAUUUUUCUUUUUUUGUCCUUUCGUUUGUUUGUUUGUUCUUAACAAGCGUGUUUUUUUUGCAUUGCUUCUUUUUCAUAUAUUUUUAUUUAUUUCUAAAUUCUAAUAUUCUACGGAUUUCAUCUUGUUUAUUUUUCUGAUUAAUGUAUUGAGUAAGUAAUUAAGAACCUGAUAAUCGAUAUGUUUUAGUUUGUGGUUUUUGCAUGCAAGGCUUUGGUUUUAUUAUUCUAGAGAUUUUUGCUUGAAGUAGUUGUCUUGUGAAAUGUUUUCCUCAUUACUAUUGAGUGUGAGAGUUUUCUAAUACUUGAUUAGGGUUUUUGAACAAUUUUUAUAUAUGUAUAUUAAUUCAGUACGGAUUAUCAAUAAAUUAUUUCGCAUGCCAAAUUAUUAUCUUCCACUUCGUUCAUGGUUACAUUGUCUCGAAGAAGCUACAUCUUAUGCAUUGUGAGCAAUUAUUCAGGUUCUAGCUAUCUCUUUUAAUAUGUUAAUUUCUUUGCAUGAUUAACAUCUUACUCCUGACUGGUCUAUUGGUGACUAUGCUAAGAUAAUGUAGAUAUAUAUAGUAACAAAAUCAUAUAGGUCAAAGCAUUAAGUGUGAUUGUUUUGGUUAAU